AUUUAUUUUCAACAACGUUGACAAACAUUUCCAGGGAUUAAAAAUACACGUUGUCUCUUUAAGCAUUUCACUUUAUUCAUUUGUUUGCAAAUGCAAGUCUUAUUUCUACAGAUAAAGUUUAAAGAAGUAAAAUAGACUAAUGCUUCCACUUUCAGUUGGUCUGAGCUCAUAAGGGAAAUUUACAAAAGUGAAUUUGUCAUUGUGUGGAAAUGAUGGGUGCUGAGAUGCAGUUUGUCCUAUUCUCUAGAAAGUGUGUCUGGACGAUAUUGGUUGAUACAAUUCUCUAUUUGUUCUAAUCUUAAGGAGGAAACAUGAAAUUAUUUAUAUUACAUGAUACAUUUGCUUAAAAGUCAUAUUUUCUGAAUUCUGGUGUUACUAAUAAUAAAUCAUUUAAGGGGAAAGCAGCCUAAAUACUCCAAGGGGCCUCUGGUAGCCCCUCGCUCUUUACUGCUGCUGACGGGGUCUGUGUAACAUGAGUCAGGAUGAAAAGUGCGUGCUGGAUCUGACUCCCAGUCCAGAUGCUGCCGGCUGAAGGAGGCGCAUGAUGGAUCCCGUCCUACUGCUGCUCAUCCUGCUCACAUCUCCAGCGCUCUGCUCGGCUGUCUACUCCGGGCCCCUCCAGCCGGAGAUCUCCAACGGGACGUUCCACCACUUCUUCGUGCCGGACGGGGACUACGAUGAGACUGUGGAUCCGGAGCAGUGCCAGAUGCUGUUUAGGUUCUCCGACGUGUAUCCGUGCGUGCCUUUGGAGGAGAGCGACGCAGCGGUGCGGGAUGACUUCAUCAUCAGCAAGCUGCAGGCGGAGGACGCGGCGCGGCUGCUGGAGAACAUCGGGCGCACCGUAGCGCACGACCUGGACGGAGAGGACAGCUACGGGAAGUUUCUCCGCAGAGAGAUCUCCCAGAUCAGCGAGGCCUUCACCAGCGUGGACAAGUCUCUGGUGGAGCUGGAGGUGAAAUUCAAGCAGAGCCAAGAAACCGACCUGAAGGAGGAACAGCAGCUGAGCGGAGCUGUAGUGAAGCAAGUGAGCGACAUCAGGGGCGCACUAAGGGAGACCACGGACAUCUACCAGGGACUGAAGGACAGACACGAACUGCUGUCCCUCAUCAUCCGCAGCCAUGGCACCAGGCUGAGCCGCCUGAAGACAGAGUAUCUGAAUGUGGGCUCCUAGUGUGUGUGUGUGUGUGUGUGUGUGUGUGUGUGUGUGUGUGUGUGUGUGUGUGUGUGUGUGUGUGUGUGUGUGUGUGUGUGUGUGUGUGUGUGUGUGUGUGUGUGUGUGUGUGUGUGUGUGUGUGUCAGAGAGAGAGAUAAGGGACGCUUCAGUUAAUCAAACAACUAGAAAGUUAUUUUAUUAUGAAAAUCCAUCUGAAGGAAGGAGGCUGACCUUUUGGUUGCUCUCAUUCCUCAAAGCUCCAUCACCAAAGGGAGCUCUAACGAAAAUAUCAACACAUUCCUCUGAGUCAAGAGGGGGGAGAAGUGCGAGCAGAGGUUAUGUGUGCAGGAUGCCGUCUGUGCCACCCGAGAGAAAGGAUUCAGAAUAAAGUCCCACAAGUUGGAUGUUUAAAUCUGUAAAAAUCUGUGAUUUAAACAGUUUACAUAAAUAAAUAGCUGAUUUUUC